UCUAUUUUUCUUACACAUUGGAUACACAUUCCACACCUCGUGUUCUUUCUUCCCAAGUCCUAAAAAAAUUGGAAAGAUUAAGCUAUGGGUGUCAAGAAUUUCUUGCACGAACUUAAACUUAAAGUUUCUCCGUCUAGGAUCUUCAAGGCCGUGACCACUGAUGCCGAUGAUGUCCUCCCGAAAGUCAUGCCAGGUGUCUUCAAGGAUUCCAAGGUUAUCGAGGGAGGUUCUUUUGUACCUGGUUGUGUCGUUGAGACAACUAUCGUUGGUGGUCCCAAUUUCAAGUUCAAAGUUGAUGACAUUGACAUUGGAAAGUGUUAUAUCAAAUACACGGAGCUCGAAGGAGAGAGAAUCGGCGACAAGUUUGAAAAAGUUCACCACGAGGUCGCAACCGAAGCCUCGGGUGAUGGAGGGUGUGUGAUCAAGUUCAAUAGUACCUAUUUUGCAAAGGGCGAUGUUGUGCCAAGUGAUGAGGAUAUUAACACACACGUAAAGAAGUCAUCUGCUUUUUAUGCUGCCAUUGCAGACUACCUCGUUGCCAAUCCUCAUGUUUGCGCAUGAUAUGAUCAUAAUACCCUUUUUUAGUCCACUCUCAAUUGUUGUUUUUACUGUUGUUGUUGUUGGCAUUGUCGUUGCCUUUAAAUUUUCAACCAAGAAAUGAAUAAAUGAGUGGACGGUAUACAAGUUGAA